AUGAGGCCCCCAAGCGAGUUGCUCGAUACUAUCUCACAGCUUGCUGAGCUUGAUCAGACACUCAGAAAAGGAGCAGUCAGAAAGUUAGUCUCAAAACAAGAGGAACUAGCUGACGAAGAGAUAAAUACUUAUGUGUUUGAGCGACUUAUUUCUGGAUGUUCUUCCGCGCGAGCGGCUGUCCGAUUGGGUUAUACCACAGCUAUGGGUUCUAUUCUCGCGUCGGAUGUUGGAAAAUCGUGGGAUCUCGAGAAAAUAUUGGCUGUGGCUAACAAAAAGAUGGAUUUGGAAGAGAAGACAGUGGGGAGUGGUCAUGCCAUCGGACAUUAUCUCAUCCUUGUCGUCUAUGCUCAGUCAAGAAAACUCAAAGAAGCAGAAGCAACAAAACUUGUGGAGCAUUCGAAGAAAGUUAGAGAUGCGGCACCAAGCUUGGCGUUUUCGCAAACACAUCUUUUAUUUAAUCUCGCAACUAAGUUGAAGGAUAGCGUGUUUCAAAAGGUAUUAGGAAAUUACAAGAAAGUAUGUGAAAACUUGGUUUUGCAGAGCGUUCUUCCUGCUGUUGAAAUGUAUCUCGAAGGAAUAAGUUCACAGUACACGCCAGAGAAUGUGUAUCUCGCACUUCGUCUUCGAAACUCGAUCCCGGCGAUCGUGGCCAAAUAUGCGAAAUUUGUCAAAAAGGAUGGAUCGUGUCAGUUUUUAAAUGACCAUUAUUCUAAACUUCUGGCGGCUUUGAAGAGGUGUGAUUGCUCGACACUUCAAACAUUCCUUCCACUCCUCAUCAAAACUGUAGUAGAAUCUUCCCAAUUUGAACAAAUCUAUUUGAAUGUUCUAGAGCCAUGGGCACUCUCUAGCAAUGAGACAAAGGUUUUCGACAGAAUCCUGAACAUUGUAACUCAGUACUUCGAGUUUGGAGGCGAUACAAAGUCAGUCGUCGUUGUUUUCACGAAAGAAGUUCUGAAUCGAAUGGAAACUGCCACUCGCGGAAAGAAACAAUUCAGAUUGAUGAGCAAGAAGGUCGAAGACUUUGCAUCCUUCAUCAAAGCUAAGUUUGCCGAUCUUCAUGAUGAUGAUGCCUAUUCUACACUGAAAGCUCUCGAAAAGUGUGGAAGCGUUGACAAGGCAUGUGGAACAGGACUUACCACCACCCUACUCUCUAAUCUCGGAAAGAAGCAGGUUUCGGCUUGGAUCAAGGAGAACUUCACAAAUCAAGACGAAGUUCGCAAAGUUGUCACAGCUUUCAGUAGCUGGAACGAGAGCUCACGCGUAACAGUUUUGACUUCCCUCUUGACACAGAAAGCAACAGAAACAAGUCAAGCAGUGGUCACCAGCAUCAUCGACUCACUGUUCUAUGUCAAGACCCGUGCUGGAGAAUUCGCAUCAAUUCAAAUUUCGGAUAAUAACGAGAAAAUCCUACGACAACUUGUCGUCGCUGUUCAAGGUGAAGAGACAGUUAGUAAAGCUGAAAAGUCAAUUGGAAAAUCUAAACUGCGCAAAAAGUCGCUUCUUAUUCUCUGGUAUGUAACCCGCUUAUGGUAUCGCAUUGCUGCCGAUUCGACUGAUGCAGAAGCCUAUGACGCUGAUAGCUCCGAAAUUUUGGCUAUUGCUAAGAAUGAGUCGGAUUCCAACAACUCCCUAGUUUUUGUCGAUUUGUUGCUCUCGAUUCUUUCUCGUGAACAGAAAUUCCAUCGUACUCCAGUCGCAUUUGCGUUCGUUCAUGCGAUUCCAACGUUAAAAUCUGAAGAUUUGUGUCAUAUUGUUGAGACCGCUGCGAUGAGCGAGACCGAGUUAGCCGGAAACGAUGAUGAAGAUGUGGAAGACGAGGAAGGCAUGCCGUUUGACGAAUCUGAAAUUCCAACCAGAGCAGGAAACGACGAUGACGAGGAUAGUGAUUCAGAUGAGGAUGAAGAAGAGGAAGAAGAAGACGACGAAGGAAGCGAAGCAGUGGAUCAAGAGCUUCUAGAUAAAUUGAACGCAGCUCUUGGAGAUGCGGCACCAAGAGAAUCCAGCAGUGAUAUUGAAAUGGAUGAUCUUGAUGAAGCAGAAAUGCAAAAGAUGGACGAACGCCUCUCAGCUGCUUUUAAGGCUAUAGCUCCAAAAGCUACAAAAGAUAAGAAAAGAAGCGCCAAAAAUGUAGAGGCAUUGAAAAUGAAAAUUGCUGAUCUACUACUCAUCGCAAUUUCUUCAAAGGAUCUCAGUGAAAGCGACAAAAUUAAAAUCAUUGUUCCCCUCUUGAAAUGGGCAAAGGUUGAUGCGAAAACUCAUGACAAAGUUGCUCAGAAAGCAUUGGGACUUGUGAAUAUUGUCGUAAGAAUGAAGUUUUCUGAUGUUUCCGAGAAGGAUGCGUUGAAAUUGCUCAGGCAGGUCUUGGAAGAGGCUCAAACCUCCACCAACUUGCUCAUUAUUGAUGCCGUGGCUCGCUGCGUAACUUUUGUGCUCAAAAUCAGCGCUCAUGAUGGAAAGUCUAUGUCAGCCGGGGCUCGCACCGAGUUCCAAAAAUUAUUCGAGAACUAUUUGCAAAAUGUGGAAGGAAAAGUUCCAUCGAAUUUUGUCAUCCAACCGAUCGCAGAUCUUCCAUUGCUUUUUGUUGAUCAAUUAGGAAUGCUCCUGGACGCAGGAUUCGAUGAGGAGAAUCGUAUUUUCAAACGCACGGAAAUCUUGGGAGCAGUUGCCAUGAUCUUCUCCAAACCAGUUCAACAACAGGCCACUAUCAAAUCAGCCGUUAUAAAGAAGAUUGGAAAAUGUUCAUCUUCCUAUUUCCAGAAGGUUCUUGAUACCGACAAGUCAGAGUUGAAACCUCGUCUCUUCGGAACUGUUCUUCACCUUGUUCACAAAGUAGCUACUUGUGUCGCAGAUGAUGAAAAACACAUGGAAGCACUCCGCGAGUCUCUCGAAACUAUCAUAAAGAAGAUGUCAGAAGGAGAAACUGUGCUGCAGUUGAAGAAGAUAAACCCAGUUUGUAUUCAUAUCGUCGGAAAGUCGAUUGUUGGAGCUCUCACCUCAAUCAAGAAGAGUCUCGAAAUUGAGAAUUGA